AUGAGCCACACGCCGCUCCCGUCGAGCGAGGUCGCCGCCUCGAACCAGGACCCAGUCGUCGUCGUGACUGAUGAGCAAAGCACUGGUGUCCCGUCGUCUAGCCCCGAGCCCGUCGGCGCUGCUGCCCCGCUGUCCUCCUCCUCGCAGCCUGGUCGAGGUCUUCCCGACGAGAUCAUCGACCUCAUCCUCGCCCAAGACGUCCUCGACCCCGCCGACCACGGCCGCUGCACCCUCGUCUCGCGCUCGUUCGGCAAGGUCGCGCACGACAAGCUCUACGACAAGGCGACUGUCGUCGUCACGGACGCCGUCGCUGCCCCUUCCCCGAUCCUGGGCCAGGUCAGCACUACCACCCUCGACGAGUGGCGCCGACUUGCGCGACCAAACGUGCGCGGGAGCGUGCGCGCCCUGUGCGUCGCAUUCAUGGACGACGACGAGCUUUGGCACGCAGAAGACGAGCCUCGGGAGCCGACGGGCAUCGUGCUCGACCGCGCCGCGCUCGCAGAAGUCGUCGCCGAGCUGCCCCUCCUGCAAGACGUCGAGCUCAUCUGGGCGCCAAGCGUCCACCCGACGGUCGUCCUCGAUCUCGGCGACCUCAAGAAUGUGCGCAGCCUCUCGAUGAACCGGUCUCAGCACGCCGUCGUCGCCGCGGCGCCCAACCUCGUCCGGCUCGCCAUCCCUCUCUACCUCGAGAUGUUCACGCCCACGACGCCGCCGCCUCGCCACCUGCGCAAGCUCUGCAUCACGUCCAUCGACUCGCGCCUCAUCCUCAGGGAGCUCGUCGGCCGCCUCGAGUGGCUCGCGCCGCCGUCGCUCGAGGUUCUCGAGAUGCCCCUCGCGUCGACCUCGGCCGCCCUGCUCCUCCCUUUCCUCGAGCGUCACGUCACGCGCGCGCACGCCCUGCGCGAGGUCAAGCUCGACGGCGAGCGCGCCCCGCAGUGGGCGCCGGCCGACCGGGCGGCGCUGGGCAAGCUGGGGCAGGAGAACGGCUUUCGAGUUUCGGGUCCAGGUCUCUAG